AUGAAUUUGUGGCACAAGAUCUUCUCGAUCUCAUCAGCCUGGGGAGCAGAACGGGAAGGGCUGGCUGCCGCCGGGCCGUCCCUGCCCAGCGCCGGGGGCGGGACCCGACCAGGCAUCGCUCCCUUCCAGAUCCUGACGGACUGGCAGGAUAAGAAGGGCGACCGGCGGUUCCUGAAGCUGAGCAAGGACCACGAUGUGGGCACCCCUGUCAAGCCCGUGAAGCCGAAGAAGCAGAAGCUGGAGGGUAAAGGGGGCCAUGGGACCGGACCUGGCCCUGGCCGGCCCAAAUCCAAGAACCUGCAGCCCAAGAUCCAGGAAUAUGAGUUCCAGGAUGAUCCCAUUGAAGUGCCCCGCAUUCCCAAAAAUGAUGCUCCAAACAGGUUCUGGGCAUCGGUGGAGCCGUACUGUGCUGAUCUCACCAACGAGGAGGUCAGAGUCCUGGAGGAGCUGCUCAAGCCACCAGAGGACGAGGCUGAGCAUUACAAGAUCCCACCCCUGGGGAAGCAUUACUCUCAGCGCUGGGCCCAGGAGGACCUGCUGGAGGAGCAGAAGGAUGGAGCCCGGGCAGCAGCAGCUGCUGACAAGAAGAAAGGUGUCCUGGGGCCACUGACCGAGCUGGACACCAAAGACGUGGAUGCCCUGCUGAAGAAGUCGGAGGCCCAGCACGAGCAGCCAGAGGAUGGGUGUCCCUUUGGGCCCCUGACCCAGCGUCUCCUCCAGGCCCUUGUGGAGGAAAACAUCAUCUCCCCCGUGGAGGACUCUCCCAUCCCUGAGAUCGCCGGCAAGGACUCGGGAGCUGACGGUGCUGGCACGUCUCCCCGCAGCCAGAACAAGCCCUUCAGUGUCCCCCACACCAAGUCGCUGGAGGGGCGGAUCAAGGAGGAGCUGGUGGCCCAGGGCUUGCUGGAGUCAGAGGACCGUCCGGCCGAGGACUCUGAGGACGAGGUGCUGGCCGAGCUGCGCAAGAGGCAGGCGGAGCUGAAGGCCCUCAGCGCCCACAACCGCACCAAGAAGCACGAGCUGCUGCGGUGA